AAACUUACUAAAAAAGGAAAUGGGAAGAUAAUUUGUGGACGGAUGAAAAAGGAAAGUGGGAAGAUAAUUUAUGGACGGAGGGAGUAUUAGAUGUUUUAUCUAAGCAAAAAGAACUAGCCCAUACUUGUUUAGGUUGGAGUGUUGGAUGACAUGGUCUUUGUAAGUUGAAUCACAUAGACCAAUAUUUUAGCAUAUUCACAGGUUUGUAUUGUAUGCUGGGCAGAAAGCUAUCUGGCUGUAUUAUUUUUCCUAUUCAUUGCAGGUACUAUCUAAGAUUUAUAGACCCAAGAAAUUCUGGUGCUUUGGUUGAUAAGGAAAAAGAAAAGUAUUGGAGCCCUGUUGAUGUAUAUGUUGGUGGUGCAGAACAUGCUGUUCUUCAUUUACUUUAUGCCAGGUUUUGGCACAAGGUUCUCUAUGACAUUGGUGUAGUCUCAACAACAGAACCCUUUAAAUGUGUCAUAAACCAGGGUAUCAUCCUGGGUGAAGUUCAAUACAUUGCAUGCAAAGACUCCAAUGGCAACUUCGUAUCAGCAGAGUUAGUUGAUGAUUUGACUGAGUGUAAUCAAGAGAGAAUACCAGAAGAGAAGGUCAUAAAAUCUGGAAGUUCAUUUGUGUUUAAAGAUGAUCCAAGUAUACAAUUGAUUGCCCGAGCUCACAAGAUGAGUAAGAGCAGGGGAAAUGUCAUAAAUCCAGAUGAUGUUGUUUUAGAGUACGGUGCGGAUUCUCUUCGCUUGUAUGAAAUGUUUAUGGGGCCAUUGAGAGAGUCAAAACAGUGGAGUACAAGUGGCAUUGAAGGUGUUCAUCGUUUUCUAGCAAGAGUUUGGAGAUUGAUAAUCGGCCCACCUUUACCCAAUGGUACAUUUCAGGAUGGAACUGCAACUGUCAAUGAGAAGCCCACAAUAGAUCAGUACCGUUGUCUCCAUCGCACCAUUGAAAAGGUAACAGAAGAAAUUGAAGGAACACGGUUCAACACCGGAAUUUCUGCAAUGAUGGAGUUCAUUAACAUUGCAUAUAAGUGGGACAGACUCCCAUUGUCAGUAAUUGAACCAUUUGUUCUGCUUCUUUCACCAUAUGCGCCUCACAUGUCUGAGGAGCUCUGGUGUCGCCUGGGACACACCGAAUCUUUGGCAUAUGAACCUUUCCCUAAGGUUGAUCCUGCUUACUUGAAGGACACCACAUUGGUUCUCGCGGUCCAAAUCAAUGGAAAGACGAGGGGGACCAUAGUGGUCGAAGAAUGGUGCUCCGAAGAAGAUGCUUUCAGGUUAGCUUCACUUGACUUCAAGUUGUCCAGGUUUCUUGAUGGGAUUACUGUUAGAAAAAGGAUUUAUGUUCCUGGUAAAGUCUUGAAUGUUGUUGUAGAGCCCCCCAAGAAGGCGAAUAAGGUCGGGCAAUAGUUCGACCAUUUUAUAUCUUCAACAUUUUUUUGCCACUCCCUUUAGAAGGUAAUCUUUGAAUCUGAUGGGGCAACAUUUUAAAAUAUUGACAGUACUUGUUACAAUGUCUAGGAAUGGUCUUGCCCCCACAAGAAUUGACACAGUAAAACUAGUUUUAUUUAAGAAAUUACAUUCCUAAAU